AUGAGCGACGAGUUAGUCAGGCUUGUGUUUGCCAGCGACCCACCAGAUCAUCGCCAUUCCGCCAAUGUUGAGACUACGAUGCUUGCCUCGAACCCGCGUCCUGCACACGCCAACGAACCCCACAUCAUUUGA